AUGUCAUUCGUUAAUACACAGUCAUUCUUACCACCUCAACACUCCUACAAUUCCCAUAAUAGUCUCGACCUCGAUAAGAUCUGUGUAAUAUCAUUAAACGUGUCGCUCGUUAGCUCGGAAUCAUUCUUACCUCCAGACCAUCCUUAUCACCGCCUCAACACCGACGACUUCGUCGUCGUCGCCCUCGACGACGACAAUCCUCGCCCGUCCGAGCCGUCUCUCAUCCCACUCGAGCUGGAGGCAGGCCCUGGAGACCGAGUUCCCACCUCCAAAUUCAAAGCGGUCGUUUCCUUCUUCCGCCGAUGCGGCCGCGCAAGGGAGGGUGGGACUCGGGAUUCGGGGCCUGCCAGACAGCGGUGGGAUGAGAGAUGGAAGAUAGCCAAGGACGUCGCCGAGUUCGUGACGAAUUGUGUCGAUCGUGCGUACACUCUCACCAUUACUGUCGCUGUCGCUGUCACUGUCGCUGUCACUGUCACUGUCAUUGUCACUGUCACUGUUGUUGUCACUGUCACUGUCGUUGUCACUGCCACUGUCGUUGUCACUCAACUUCGAGUCCCUGUCGGAAAUGAUCCUGCCCGGAAAGCCCUAAUCUCCAUAGACCUGCGUGAAGCCUCGUGGAAGAAGAGAGACAUGGAAAAGGGCGAAAUCACGAUCCAAGGCUUUGUGCUAGGCUUUGCUUGGGUUCAAGACCUUUCUCGGGUUUGCCACCAGAUUGUCGCCCUCUUCACACGCUUUUCUCACGCUUUAGAUCCUUACGCCCUUAUUGAUCUUACGCUGUAG